AUGGAUGGAAGAUUGUUUGAGGCAGCUCGAACUGGCGACGUUAGUUUAUUGCACCAAUUACUUCUUGAAAAACCUUCGAUUCUAGCUGAUUGUCAGCUCAUCUUUCCCCACGAGAACCCGUUAAACAUUGCUACUAAGGCCGGACAACUGGCUUUUGUGCAACAAAUACUUAAACACAGACCAGAUUUCGUAAGACAAUCAAACCAAGAUGGGUUUCGGCCGCUGGACAUUGCUUCCGCAUUUGGGUACGUAGAAAUAGUGAAAGAGAUCACAACUUGUUAUCGUGAUGUUUGCCGUCUUAAGGGAAGAGAAGGAAGAACAUGUCUUCAUUAUGCUGCUAUAAAUGAAAGGGUUGAGAUUAUUGAUGAAUUACUUAACACUUCUGUGCAAGCGCCGAGUGUAGAGCUACUGCUUAGCAGCAGCAUACUGGAACUGAACGUCAGGAACUCGAGGGGUUUCACAGCAAUGGAUUUGUUAGAUAAUACACCCAUAGACAAUCCAAAUGAUGUUCGACUAAAGGAAAUCCUCCAAUCUGCGGGAGCCCUCGGCACAGAAAAUCCUCAUAACACUCUGAUAAACAAUCCAAACCCUUCUACAGGAGUUUCAAAAGACUGGAUAAAGUAUUUUCAAUUUCAAAUGAAAAGGGACUCACCAAGUGACACUCGCAAUGCACUAUUAGUCGUAGCCGCACUGAUUGCAACUGUGACUUUCCAAGCAGGGAUAAACCCACCAAGUAGCUUUAUUCUGGAUACUCCCGCAGCCAAUUCCACCAAUACGGCGAACUCUGCUCCUCCUCCUCCUCAGACUAAUAUUCCAGCGGUUGUUCCAGCAGUUGUCUCCGGUUUGACUGUUGUUUCUGGGAGUUCAGGCUCUCUAGUUACACCGAAUUUGUUUUUAUUUUCGAAUACAUUAGGCCUUGUUGCAUCACUCAACAUUAUAAUUUAUCUGACAAGCAGAUUCCCUUUCCAGAGAGAGCUUCAAAUCGCAAUUUUCUCAAUGAUGUUUACUUAUGGAUGUGCAGCACAUCAUAUUAAACCUGCGGGUGCCAUUAAGUAUGUCGUACUAGUAAUUGCCCUUCUUCUACCAUUUUUAUUCCGAUGGCUUCCACGAUGGGUCAGAAAAUUUUGGAAGUGGCUGCAAUACAGGAGGGAGCAGAACAAUUCCGAAGUCGCUGAAAGACAAUUAAACUCAUCCUUAAGCAUUUGA